CGGGCAACACCCGUCUGAGUCCCCACGAGAAGGAUCAAGCGUAAGGAGUGGGAGGCUCAUUCACGAUCAUCCCAACGCCCGUUUCUUCUUUCUCAUACUCUACCCCAACAACCACAAUGGCUGAGCCCGAACCCGAAGACAACCCCACCCUUGCACCACCGGAAGACACCGACCUCGCCGACGAGAUCCAGGACUGGCGCCUCCUCUCCUCCCUAACCUCCUCCAAAUCCGACCCCACAUCUCUCCCUCGCCGCGGCGAAAAGAAUUUUGAACCAGAUGGCACCAAUCGCCAGGAGAAAGUGUUGAAUGAGAGUAGAGAGGCGAUGAGGAGCGCCUUAGAGGUGGAAAGGAAGUUUGCAGGAAAGACGAGUUGUCAGUGUACCUGGCUCGAAGAACUUGGGCUUGCACGGGUUGACAAACUCAGAGGACCGCAUUUCAAGAACCUCGGCAUCGCUGCACCUCCCAACAUGACAGCGACCACUGCUGAUUCGCCCGUGGAGAAGACCAGUCUGGGAUACCUCCUCCCCGAAGAAACAAUCUACAUGCUUGAACGCGGCUCUCUUGAAGUGUUCUAUCCAUCUGGUAUCCCAAUGUCUCUCCAAGGCAUCUAUGCAGCAUGUAUUGGCUCUUCCAAGACACGGGUGGAGGCGGAGGUUUAUGCAGUUUAUGCUAGUCUGAAGAGGAGUGGGUAUAUUGUACGACGGGCUGCGACAUUUGAUGGGACGCCGGGUGAGGAGCAUCAUGUGCAGGAGGUGGUGGGAAGGAGUUUGUGGAGUCCGUGGGUGAGGGGGGUGUUCAGCUCGGUUUUUGCAGCAGCAUUCAAUCCCUCACAACCGCCGGUACGAACAACAGACGACUCAAUCAUCCCAACAGACCGGAAUUUCCGUCACUACGAAGAUGCGUACAAGCUCCUUUCCCUUGUGCCCUACCACUCCUUCUCCUCCCAAACCUCAUCGACAUCGACUUCGCAAAGCUCGGCAAAUGAGCCGGCUCAUCCUUCGCCUUGGCGAGUCCACUUCAACAUCUGGAAACCCACAACAAAAUUCAAACGCUCCGAACCACCUUCCCCCGACUUCCGUAUCAGUGUUGUCAGCUCACAGUCAACACACACCCCCUCCCUUACCGAUAUCAACGCUCUCCUCUCAACCAUUCCCUUCCCCCUAUCUCCACAGGGAGAAGGACAAGCUGGAGUUGGGGCACAAAUGAGAAAGCUGAAGGAGGGGAGGAAGAGCGUGUUGCUUGCUGUUGUGGAUAGUGGGGUAGUGAAUUAUUUGAGGAUUGGGGAUUUAAGUUUUGGGGAUGAGGGGGUUGUGUAUCCUAGACGGGGUGAUGAAGCGAAAAGAGGGCGGGGCGGCGGGAAAAGGAAGGGGGAGAGGGAGGGGACGCGGGAGGUGAUGAUUGGGGUGGGGACAGAUGAGAAGUGUGACGUGGGAAGUGAUGGAUAUUAACCUUCGAACGGAUGGGUGC